UUAGCCCCUUCGAGGCUGAGCAUGGGAAUUGCCAUGCGAUCGCCUGCCUUAAGACCAAACCUCGCCCCGUAGGGUGCCGGCAAGGGUUCAUCUGGAAACUUGAUGCGCUGUGAAAGGAUAUUUCUCGUCGAGUCCGUUCUGUGGCUUCUGAGCACCGCAGUUCUGGGAUCCAGGACACACUUGUGUUUCGAUCUCCCUUUCACAGGCCCGCUUAGGCCCGCCAGAUCGGAGACACACUCGCCCCCGCGCUACGUUCCGCGGCCCCUGACCGAGGACAACGGCACCGUCCGGCGCGCUCUGGCCGCGGUUGGCGGCAGACAGUGGUGGACGACAACGCAAAACUCAAAACAGGACGCUCGAAGGACAGCAGAAUCAGUGCUACGAAGAGUGGCCUGGUGCAACGGGCAUCGUGACCACUGCCAUGGCGUCCGCAUCCGUCUCGUCGGGAACAUCGCCGCUAUCAGGAUUCGAGUUCGACUAUCCACAGAACCAAGACCCGAACGGCAACGAUCAGGAUGAAUUCUGGACGGCAAUCAGCCAUCCCAGCUCAGGUUCGCUGGGCAGCUUCCUCUCGAGCCCGGCCGCGCACAGCUUGGGGAGUUCGUGGGCUGUGUUGGGCAAUGGACAGAUCGUUGAGCUGGAGCCGUCGCCAGCUGCCCUGCCGUCCCCCAUGAUGAGCGGGAACCUUGACCAGCUGAGCCCUUACUCGGGGACCGUCGAGCAGAGCAUCAGUGGAACAUUUGGCGAUGGCACCGGGCUGGUGGAUCUGGCCUUCCUCAAUCACGAUCUGGCCCACAAUGGGCUGGAUUUCCUGCCGCAAACCGAGCUCGUCUUCGAUGACCAGUUCAGUAGCGGUGAGAAUGAUCCCGUCUUCAACCACUUUUCGUCUGCCAGCAUCCUGGAGGAACAGCAACCCGUCGAGAGCGUCAACGUCGAGAACUCACCGCUGCUACCGGCGGGCGUCGAGAUGCCGCCAUGGCAGCAUGUCAACCUCCCAGCCAACGACGCCAACACCAACCACGACCACCGACCCGUCAGCGAAAAUUCUCCCAUCUUCAUCAUCGAAGACCCGAGUUUCAAUAAAUCGCCCAGCCCAUCGCACGAGUACUACUCGCCCUCCCUCCAAUCCUCCGUCAGCCCGCCCGCCACGACCAGCCCACGCUCACCAGUCCACAUUAAAACCGAAGCCGGCCUCCCCGACCACCGUAGGUCACCCACGGCGCCGACGACGACCACCGCUCCGAAAGCGAUUCCCUCCCGCAAACUCAACGCCACCAACCGCGUCCAAAAGCGCAAAUCCCCCACCACCGCUGCCCCAUACCCUUUCCCCACCAGCUCAACCUCCAGCAGCAACAACAGCAGCACGGCAGCAAAUAAAUUCCUCAUCGUCACCCCGUCCUCCAUAACCGCCGCAGCAGCCGCCAACCUCCUCUCCAACUCCUCCUCCGCCUCCUCCUCCUCCUCAGGCUCCUCCGGCGGCGCGCACACACACCACCCUAUCAACCCCUUCGAAUGCCUCGACGCGCUCACCCGCGGCCCGACGCAGCGCGGGCGCAAGGGCCCGCUCGCGACCGACACUAAGCAGUCGGCGCUCGUGGUCCGGCGCAUGGGCGCCUGCUUCAGCUGCCACGCGCGCAAGGUGCGCUGCGACAAGGAGCGGCCCUGCCGGAACUGCCUGCGGCUGGCCGGGUCCGUGCCGCAGGUCGUGUGCUGGCAGUUUGGCGACUUUACGAGCAUCCUGUUUCCCGGGUUCAUCAGGAGCCAUCUGAAGAAGGAGGAGGUGGUGAGGUUUGUGGAAGGGAACGUCGAGAGCUUUACGGUGAAUGGCGGGGUGGAGGUGCCUUGCACGGUCGAGUUGGUUUCGGGCGUGGGGUUUGGACAGGCCACCGUGUUGCGGGUGCAGGCCAAGUUUUUUACGGCGCGGACGAUGGACGUGCUGCAGCAUUGGCAUGUCAUGAUGGGGCGGAACGGGAUGGAUCUGGUUUCGAGGGGCGCCGCGCCGAUUGGGUUGGAGAUGGGCAAGGGCGACGGGAAGGAGGGCGGGGACGGCGGCCAGAAGGCGGAGCUGAAGAGACGGGUGAGGGAGUAUGUCCAGGCCAUGGUGGACGAGCCGAGGUUUGCGGAGCUGGUCACGCCGCCGCCGCAGCACACCGAGCUGCCGCGGAGGGUGUUAAGGAUCGUGCAUGACUAUGCGCGCCGGGCCGACGUGCCCAUGGUCAGGCGGGCGCUGUCCAUCUACGCCAUGCACUUCGUCAUGACGCGGCAUCUGUGUCUGACUCAGAAGAACAUCGCCGACCUGCAGUCGACGGGGCUGGUGCCGCAGGGGAUUCCGUGGGUGACGCCGCGGGUGCUGAACCGGCAGCUCAAGGCCAUCAUCGACGAGAUGCUGUGCCGCGAGAUGCAACUGCUGUUCGAGAACUUCAGCAAGUCGCUCAAGCCCAAGCUGCGCAGAGAGUGGGCGCCGUGUCUGGCGUCGUUCCUGAUCCUGUGCCUGUUUAUGGAGUCGGUCGAGUUGGCGGCCGACCUGUUUGUCGUCUCGGACAAUGAGAUCAAGCUGCGGCACCACUAUGCCCCGGCGUGGAAGCGGUCGUUUGUACUCGAAGUCAACGGCCAGAUCGAGAACAUGCCUUUUAAGCAGUUCGCCUUCCAAUUCCACCAGAUCUACCAGACGCACUCGCGAGACGCCGCCGCCCGCAGCUUCAACCCGCUGGUGGACGAUGCUUGCUUCGAACUGGGCGAGCUUGACCGCGAUGCCGCCAACAUGGUGCGAAAGCUGAGACGCUUUAUUGACGACGACUGGUCCGAGUUGGAUUACCUGACAGCCGAUCCGAUCCUGCCCAACAUCGAGGACCACCCGUAUCCCCGAAAUGUGGCCUACAACUACACCGGCCGUCUGGUCGCCAAGUUCCUGCUCUCCUUCACCGACGAGAAGUACAUCUUUGACGGGAAAACCUGAACCGUUUGCUGUACACACUUUUUUCUCGUUUUUAUUUCUGCCGGCUGUGACUGUCGGGAUGUGAUACCAAGAACAGACUUUUUUGGGUGCAUGUCGAUAUGACUGAUGAGGGGUCACCGGGUCACGAAGGAUAUGUAUACGAGAAGAUAAGGCGUAUUGGAAAUAUGAGCUGUCUGUCCGUAUUAGUCCCGCUGCCGUACGUGAAGAGCCCGGCAGCAGGGUGGAUUGGACUGGCUGUCUAGGCCGUUGGGUUGUUCUUCCACUGCGAACGAUGAAUAUAAGUUAACCUAUUGCGCAUCGAAAGAGCACAGAGGCAGGCAAAUUGUGGUUUCGCUCAAGUUUGUCUGGAGAAACCAGAGCAGU